AUGACUUCUGAUUCCGAAAGACCCGAGUCUCCAUCCUUUGAAGGCGGCUCUAGUAAUGACGAAUGCACUCGUCCUAACGACAUUGCUGGUCCGCACUACAGAUCCACCUGUACCGUUCAAUCCCUAGAGCGAUUAAAAGGGCUUUGCCAGAUUUCCCCUGGAAUCAUAGCGGAAGCGCAGAUAGCCGACCCUACGGAGUCCCCGGAAAAUCACCGCGACGGCUACUUUUGUGUUUAUGAAAUCUACUUCAAGGGCUGCAGAUUGACCUUCCCCCUUCCCGAAGCCCUGGUUCGAUACUUGGCGGCUCUUGAGAUCGCUUUACCUCAGCUAACCCCCAAUCUCCUCCGAACCAUCCUCGGGAUCAUAACCGUUGCGGCGGAAGCAGACUACAUUAUUGGAGUCCCCGAGCUGAACGAACUUCUAAGCGUGAGAAGUUCGCAAAGAAAACAGGGUACUUCUCGGCGUAUCCGAAUGCCAACAGGAACGUCAUCUCGCACCUCCCAAACAAGGAUGAAAACUGGCACCAUCCUUGGGGAAACCCUUUGGAAUUCUUUCACCCUCGAUCGGUUCGUUGAGGCCAAUCAAAAACUCAGGAUGAGUACCCCCAAUCAACUUCAUCGUCUUCCGCCUCCUCCCUCAACUCAGGGAAUGUCAGCUCGGGCCCUCACUGCCCAGCGUAAGAAACUCUCCAAGCCGAUAGCGGAGGGUUGUGAUGAAAACAAGGCGUUCCUUGCGGCCGCCAUUGACAAAAAAGACUACAGCAAGACCCUGCUGGUUGAUGACAACAGCAAGACCCUGCUGGUUGAUGACAACAGCACCGAGGGAGCCAGGUCCGUCGCUGCUUUCAGAUUAACUCCUCGUCGCGAACGUCGUGACGAACGUUCUCCUCGGAGGGACCGAUCUCCUCGUCGUGAUUCUCCUCGUCCUCUCCGAGAUGAUUUUAGCAAUGAACCACUUAAGAACUUGGUUCGCAGGAAGAGAGACAAGUCAUCUCGUAGUGAUUCUUCUCCGCGAAGGGAGAAGUCAAGGGCCCGGACUGACCGUUCACCUCGAUCAUCCCCUCCCACUGAACCAAUGGGUCCUCCUCGACCUGUUGAUAUGUCUUCUUCUUCCCAGCCUGACAAUUCUGAGUCUCGAGAUGCUUCCUCGAAGUUAAAGCCUGCUCUUGUCCCUCAAAUCAAAUCACUUUCAGCUAUGGAGAAAGAAGGCAGCGUUUUCCGAUGCUUCAAGACCCGAUCAGGUGCAAUCUUGCCAGAUUUUGACAAGUGGCGCCCUGCGAUCCGUGAACGCUACUUGCUUCACGCUCAUCAUUCAUCUCGGGCUAACGGCGAGCUUAAUGACAUGAUUGAGCAAUAUGAGGGGUUGCAUGAUCUGGAGGACAAGGUCGAUAGUCUAACAUCCGAGCUUGCGAAGAUAAAGGGGGAGCUGCAGGACCAGUAUGACCGGAAUUACAAACUCCAGGAUGAACUUUCUGGUCUUAACGCGAAGUACAAGGCGAUCACCAAAUUGCGUGAUUCCGAAUUGGCGAGGUCGGCAUCAAAAGCCAGAAAAGAGGUUAAGGGACGCGGGAUGGAGUUGAUCCAAGGAGCCAUCCGCUUCAUUCAAACCGAGAAAGCUAGGUCAGAUUUGGAAUCAGACAUCAAGGAGCACGAGAACAACCUGAUUCUGUUGGAUCAAAUCCAUGAAACAGAUUUCUCCGAGGUGCAAGAGAGGACCGAACUAUCGGCUAAUCUUUCUGAAAAGCGGAGUCACUUGGCAGCGCUUCCUACUUCGACCUUCAAUCCUCAUCACUUCGAGGAGUUCUUCACAGAAUCACCUCCCAUAAGUGAAUCGGGUCUAGACUGGGCAGGUAACCUUUGGCUCCUGACACUUACUACCUUUUUCUUGCCUUAUAUUUUUUUAAUCGAAUGGAACUGUCCUUCCUAGGCUCAAGUAGAACGGAAGAUGUCGCCCCACCCGAAGUUC